GCCCCCGGCCCGGGAUGCGAACCGGCGCAGGAGCGGCGGCGGGAGAUGCUGACGGUCCGCGAGCCGGAGCGGCUGCAGCUGGUGCCGCGUCUGCCCCGCGUCAGAGCGGACCCCGCCCGCCGCCCCGGAGCCCCGCCGCCCCCGGACCGGCCGCUGCUCCCCGCGAUCUCCCGGCGCUGCAGCUCAGAGCCUGGUCAUGCCGUUUGGGUGUGUGACUCUGGGCGACAAGAAGAACUAUAACCAGCCGUCGGAGGUGACGGACAGAUAUGAUUUGGGACAGGUCAUCAAAACGGAGGAGUUCUGCGAGAUCUUCCGAGCCAAGGACAAGAGCACGGGCAAGCUGCACACCUGCAAGAAGUUCCAGAAGCGGGACGGCCGCAAGGUGCGCAAGGCGGCCAAGAACGAGAUUGGCAUCCUCAAGAUGGUGAAGCACCCCAACAUCCUGCAGCUGGUGGAUGUGUUUGUGACCCGCAAGGAGUACUUCAUCUUCCUGGAGCUGGCCACGGGGAGGGAGGUGUUUGACUGGAUCCUGGACCAGGGCUACUACUCGGAGCGAGACACCAGCAACGUGGUGCGGCAGGUCCUGGAGGCCGUGGCCUACCUGCACUCGCUCAAGAUCGUGCACAGGAACCUCAAGCUGGAGAACUUGGUGUACUACAACAGGCUGAAGAACUCCAAGAUCGUCAUCAGCGACUUCCACCUGGCCAAGCUGGAGAGCGGCCUCAUCAAGGAGCCCUGCGGGACGCCGGAGUACCUGGCCCCGGAGGUGGUAGGCCGGCAGCGGUACGGACGCCCGGUGGACUGCUGGGCCAUCGGCGUCAUCAUGUACAUCCUGCUUUCGGGGAACCCGCCUUUCUACGAGGAGGUGGAGGAGGACGACUAUGAGAACCACGACAAGAAUCUCUUCCGCAAGAUCCUGGCGGGCGACUACGAGUUCGACUCCCCGUACUGGGACGACAUCUCGCAGGCGGCCAAGGACCUGGUCACGAGGCUGAUGGAGGUGGAGCAGGACCAGCGCAUCACCGCCGAGGAGGCCAUCUCCCACGAGUGGAUUUCCGGCAACGCCGCUUCCGACAAGAACAUCAAGGACGGAGUCUGUGCCCAGAUCGAGAAGAACUUUGCCAGGGCCAAGUGGAAGAAAGCUGUCCGAGUGACCACGCUCAUGAAGCGGCUGCGGGCGCCAGAGCAGUCCAGCGCCGCGGCCGCCCCGUCGGCUCCAGCCACAGACACUGCCGUGCCCGGGGCUGCAGGUGGGGCUGCCCCAGCCCUGGGGGGCAGUGCCAGCGCAGCCACAGCAGGUGACGCUGCAAAGAGUGAUGGUGCGGUCCCUGCAGACCGCAGUGCCACCCCAGCCACGGACGGGAGCGCCACCCCAGCCACCGACGGGAGCGCCACCCCAGCCACCGACGGGAGCAUCACCCCAGCCACCGACGGGAGCGCCACCCCAGCCACGGACGGGAGAGCCACACCAGCCACGGAAGAGAGCACUGUGCCCACCAGCCAGAGCAGUGCCACCCCCGAGCCGGCCUCGGCCCAGCCGGACAGCACAGCCUCCGGGGGCGCGGCGGGCCAGGCCCCGGCCGCCAGCACAGGGGGAGAGGCCGCUGGCUCCGCCGCGGAGUCCCGGAGGGAGGAUGCCAGCUGAGUGGCAGGCUCGUGGGGGGCGGGGGCGGGCAGGAGGGUGGGAGCGUGGAUGAGAGGCUUCUCACUGUACAUAGAGUCGCUGGCAUGAUGCCCUCGCACCCCUCCCCGGCCCCUGCCUCUCACUGUGGGGCCUGUCUGGGGGCCGCGGGAGAGCAGGCUCGUCUCCCGCGUGUGUCCGUGUGAGUGGUGGGCAAGCCAGAGGCAGGACCGGCCCCAGCCCCUGCAUGGAUUCCUGUGGCUUUUGUCUUUCGCUCGCUUCCCGUUCUGUUCCCGUGGGACGCUGCUUGGGGAUCCUCAGGAGGUCCCUGCGCCUCUCCCUUCCGCCUCACGACCCCCCAGGCAGGCCCUGCAGCCCGUCCCCUCCCAGGCCCUAAACUCGGGGGCCUUGCCCUGAGAGCUGGUCCUCCAGCGAGGCCCUGUCAGCGGUCUUACCCGCGCAGGCACGUGCCUGUGGUCCGGGCGCCUUGCGGAGCGGGCCCAGGCCAGGAGGGGUGCGGAGAUCAGAGCAGUGUGCGCCAGGACGAGGCUGGGCGUGUGGCGGGGGGCACUGCUCGGGCGCCGUGGGGGUCCUCAGAGGCGAACAGGAGUGAGGAGGGUAGAAGCUUUCGUCUUUGUCCCUGGGAAGCCCCUCCCGAGACCCUCUCUGCCUCCCGGGCCUGCAGCGGGCUGCCUGUGCCACGGCUGGGAGCCUGAGUGGGGAAGGAGGGAGGAGAAGGAGGCAAUGAGAAGCGGGAGGACAGUGCAGGCCCAGCACGAGUGCGCCAGCCCAGCGGGGCCUCACCACAGCCAGGCAGGAAGGGCUGGUGUUCCCUGCCUCUUCCCAGGCGGCAGCCCUCUCUGUCCCAGGGGACCUGCACGUGUGUCCCACACUCUGAUUUGGGAGGGUCUGCCCUUGAGCAGAUUUUCUCUCUCCCACUUCCACAACGGAAAAGAGGGGAGUCCCCAUUAUGUCUGACCCACUCCCCCUCCGAUGGGGGCUGAGAGAGGCCCGGGUGCCUCUGAGCCCCUUUGCCAGGAUGAGGGGGUGGAAGAAGGCUCCCCAGUUUCCUGGAGGCUCCUGGGAGGUGCCCUUUGUCAGACCCCACCGCGGCCUGGGCAGGCAGCUGCCCGGUCCCGGCCCCACUCGGCACUCGGCGGCGGGCCUGCCCUCCCCCCUGCAUGCCUGUGGGUCUGCUGUGGUGUGUGAGGAUCGGCGGGCUUGCUGUGCCUGUUGAACCUGGCAAAUAAACGUCAGCCUGACAAAGCCUCUGGCACCUCU